AUGGUGGUGGUGGAAGCGACGCGGUUCAACAAGAAGUCGCCGAAGAGGGGGUCGCCCGAGAUUGCCGCCAUUGAUUUAACCUCACUUAGUGACGCUCGGCUAAGUGGCACGGAUAGUACGCUGCCGAGCGUGGCGAAGCUGAUUCAUUCAUCCGCCGUCCUGGGCGGAAUGUGCAAUCGCAUUCAGGUGUUCACGUUCGACUCGGAGAAAAACUACAAGGAUCCCGACCGAAUGGGGCUUGCAAGUGACCCGUCGAAGAAUAUCGCAACAUCGAAACUCAAUUAUUGCCCCAUUCUUGGUCCGCAGGUCCGGGAGUGGGACCCGGAUGAUCGAACCGAGCUACCGGGAACUGUGCUGAAAUUAUUUGUGUUAGCGAUAUGUUUGAUAAGCCUUGUAACAUCAGAGGAAGCAUCAGAGGAAUUGGAUUACGAGGAUGGACCGUGUGGACGCUGGCGGCCGGGCGAUGUAGACCUUCGUUCGUUCGAUCUAAUCCGCGAGUUUCGCCUUGACCAGUUCGAGGCAAGCAGCAAGUACAUCCACUGGCUGCAAGGCACCAACGAGUACCAACGGGCGUAUCGGUUCGAGAAGGAAGCCAACCUGACGAUGCGUUCGAUCGAGGCGUUCCCGCUGGGCCUUCCGCAUCAGUUUUCGUUCGAGUGCACUUAUCGCAUCGAGGACGAGGGUGAUUCGUCCUGGCAUCUAUUCGAAGUUACGAACGAGGUGCAGGAGAGCCAACUGGCCAUCACGCUCAAUCCGGGACGGCAAAUCUUGCAGAUUGGCCUGCCCGGCACGGAGGGUGAGCAGCAGAUUGUGGAGUACCAUCAUACGUCGCUGUUCGAUCACAAAUGGCACAAGAUCAUGCUGGGAGUGACCAAUGAUUAUCUGAAUCUUUGGGUCGAUUGUCGACCGGUGCGAGAUACGGAGGGACACCUGAACGUACCGCUGGAGCCGAGGGAUCGAUUCGACAUCACCGAUGGCUAUGUGUCGGUAUCUCGGUUCGCAGAAACAUCCGUCUUCGAGCCGGAAUCGCCCGUGAUCGACCUGCAGUGGAUGGUGAUGAAUUGCGAUCCAACGCGUCCGGCCCGAGGCAACUGUGACGAGCUGCCCGUCUAUGACGUGGCAUCAUUGACAGCCAACCUUCCGGAGGGACCGACACCGAAGCCCGACUGUCAAGCCGUCUGCCCACCUGGCUACAAUGGAACCGAAGGUCCCCCCGGGCCAGCUGGACAACCAGGAUUGCCGGGACUGAAGGGUGAAGUGGGUGCAUUUGGUCGACGGGGGCCACCUGGACCACGUGGAUUGGAAGGACCUCCUGGCGUUCCGGGUGUCGGACAGAAGGGCGAAAAAGGGGAGAUCGGUUUUGGAGCCGCCGGGCUGAAGGGAGAAAAGGGAGAACCGGGUGUGGCGGCAGUCGCCGGAGCAGCCGUCGCCGGUCCAGUCGGUCCAAGAGGUCUUCCCGGACCUCCAGGAGCAGCUGGGCUGAGGGGUGAGAGAGGUGAAACGGGAGCACCGGGACGUGAUGGACAGUCGCUUGCCGGACUGCCGGGACCAGUUGGCCCCCCAGGGUUACCAGGUGCUGAAGGACGUCCUGGAGCGAGAGGAGCAAUGGGUCCAGUGGGUCCACCCGGGUUGCCGGGACUGAAAGGUUUACCUGGUAUUGGCCUUCCUGGAGAACCGGGACCAAGAGGACCUAAAGGAGAACCCGGUGAGACUAGAUCGAGUGGAAGUGUGGCGGGACCUCCGGGACUUCCCGGACUUCCGGGCACCGAUGGCUCGAAGGGUGAAAAGGGAGAUGGUGGCAGCAGAGGUGUACCGGGAGUGCAGGGACUUCCGGGCAUUCCAGGCGCACCCGGCCUUCCUGGACCUCCUGGACCACCUGGCGAAGGUUCAACUGGUGGUGGAGGUGGUGGACGAUACUUGGAAAACUUCAUGUCCUAUGGCCAUCGUGGGCCAACGGGUUACACCGGAGUUCCUGGAGAGCGCGGUGCUGGAGGUUUGCGAGGUCCCGAAGGUGCACCCGGUGUACCCGGACCACCGGGCGUCGAUGGAGCCCCAGGACCUCAGGGCAUUGCCGGACUGCCGGGACAGGCGGGACCUCCUGGAGUUCCUGGUGUCCCCGGACGUAGCUAUACCGAGGCGGAAGUUAGCGACAUCUGUCGGUUAGUGCUGCGGGAUCACAUCGUCGAGCUAACGGAGGGUCUAAUGGGACCUCCGGGACCUCCGGGAGUUUCUAAACCGGGAAAACCGGGUACACCUGGUCGCCCGGGAGAGAAGGGUGAGCGUGGGUACCAAGGAUUUACCGGAGAUCGUGGCCUACCGGGUGAACCGGGGGCACCAGGAGUCGCAGGUCCAGCUGGUGAACGAGGCGAGCCGGGUCUACCUGGAGAAAAUGGAAGGGAUGGUGUCGGUAUCGUCGGACCACCGGGAUUUGUGGGACCCGUUGGACCUCCGGGAGAUACCAUCAUCGGUCCACAAGGCCGUCCCGGAGAUCGCGGCGAACCGGGCAAGGCGGGCCACCCGGGAGUUCGAGGUGCACCGGGAGUGCCGGGAGUCUGCCCCAACGACUGCUACAUGGCAGCAGCGGCGGCGGCACAGAACUUCCGGGCCAACCAACAAACCAAAGGGCCAAACUACUAA